UCCCCACGCCCCCAGACCAGCCCCUCUGCUCCUACCCUACAAGCCCCCUGCUCCCCAAACGCUUCUGUCCCCCAACCCAGCUAAGCAAGAGUCAGAGGCCAUUUCCUCCUCACCAUUUUGGGGGGACCGAGCCCCUGUCAGCAGAGGCGGCGGACCCCCACAACGGAGGACCCAGAAUCCUGCCAUCUCCUCGCUUCAUCUCCGCUUCCCCCAGCGUUUCUAGCAGAGCCCGCCCAAGGACCAGCACCUUCAUCCUCCUGUGUUGCCAACUUGUACUUCCCAAGCUCUUAGUACAGUGCUCUGCACACAGAGGAAGAUGUCGGAUGAGGAGGCUGAAGACUUCGAACAGGAGCUGGAGUCGGAGGAGCAAAGCAGGAAGGAGGAUGAUAAAGAGCUGGGAGAGGACUUCGAGGAGCUCCUGCCCCCCAAACCCAUCACUGAAGAAAUCCUGAAGGAGGGGUUAUCUCUGCUCUGCAAGACAGGCAACGGGCUGGCACAUGCCUACGUCAAGCUGGAGGCCAAGGAGAAGGAGCUGACGGACAUUACCCUGCUGAGCUCCUACAUCCACCUGCGCUACGUGGACUUGUCGGAGAAUCUCCUGUCAGACCUGUCGCCGCUCAACAACCUCACGCACCUGCUGUGGCUCAGGGCGGACAAGAACCGCCUGAGGACCGCCCGCCUGGAGGAGCUGCCCUACCUGCAGAUCGCCAACUUCGCCCACAACCGCAUCGGCAGCACGGAGGGCAUCCUCCACCCCCGCCUCGCCAGCCUGGACCUCAAAGGAAAUUUUAUCCAGAGAGUGACGGGGCUGGACCCUCUGAAGCUGGGGAACCUGCACACGAUUGAACUGCGAGGAAACCAGCUGGAGAGCACAGCCGGGCUCUGCCUUCCCAAACUGAAGUAUCUCUACCUGGCCCAGAACAACCUGAGACAGCUGGAGGGGCUGGAGUCUCUGGAGCAGCUCUGUACGCUGCACCUGCGCGAUAACCAGCUGGACGUCCUGGAUGGCUUCUCCCCGGCUAUGAAGGCGCUGCAGUACCUCAACCUGCGGGGGAAUAUGAUCGCGGAUCUGGCGGAGCUGGAGAAGCUGCGGGUACUGCCCAAGUUGCGGGCGCUGAUCCUGCUGGAGAACCCGUGCGUCGACGAUGGGGGCUACCGGAUAGAGGCCUUGGUACACAUGCCGCAACUCGAGCGGCUCGACAAGGACUUCUACGACGAGGAGGAGAGGACGGAGGCCGACGAGACCCGCCAGCGGCUGCGGGAGGAGCAGGAGAUAGAGAGCGUCCAGGAGGCGUCGAUAUAGGCCUGCCGAGCCCCGCAUCACUGAGGGGCUCCGGGCAGGAGGAGCCUGGCUUCCUCCCCGGAGCGGGGACACGGAAUCGGGACAUGGGACAUGGAGCCACCUGACCCUGGGACAGCGAGGACGGCGGCGGGAAGAGAGGAGAUGGAACCGGGAGGGAUGCUGCUUCUCCAGGGGACCCCCCCUCCCCAACCCCCUUCUCCCUCCAGCUCCAGGAUGGGGAUGGGGGAAUCGGGAAUUCUAGGCGGGGAGCAGUUCGGCCUGCAGAAAUUUGGUGGGAUGGUGGGGGGCAGGGAGGAGAGGGCAAAGAUGAGGAGAAAAAGAGGU